UCCUCAGUUUGCUGUUACGGUGCUCGAGUCCCGGUUUGUAUGCGCUGUCAGAUUUUACCAAGCUGUCCUGCUGUUUUUAUGGUUGGCAUGUCUCUCAGAAAUGUGCUUGAGAUCCUGAAACACUGUUCUUGUCCAGAGAUGGAGAUGCAGCUUCCACCUCAUGAGGGAGCCGAGCUCUCUGUGGUCGACAUGCACACAGGUGGAGAGCCUUUACGGAUCAUCCACAGCGGCUACCCAGAGGUCAAAGGUGACAGCGUGCUCUCCAGACGCCGCUAUGUCCGGGAACACCUUGAUCGCCUCAGGAGGGUGCUGAUGUACGAGCCACGGGGACACUACGACAUGUAUGGAGCCCUGAUCGUGGACAGUGAGAUACCUGAGGCUGAUCUGGGGGUGCUGUUCAUGCACAACGAGGGGUACAGCACCAUGUGCGGACAUGCCGUCAUCGCACUGGGACGCUACGCUGUUGACUACAAACUGGUGAAAGAACCAAAGUCACCAGAGACUCAAGUGAACAUCCACUGUCCCUGUGGGUUGGUGAAGGCGUUUGUCGAGUACUCGGAUGGUAAAACAGGAGGAGUGAGGUUUCUCAGCGUGCCAGCGUUCGCCUUCGCUACAGAUGUGACGGUGACAGUGGAGAGGUUUGGUGAUGUGACGGUUGACAUCAGCUAUGGUGGAGCCUUCUACGCCUUUGUAGACGCCCAAAGGUUUGGCCUCGAUGUGACCAAGUCCAGGACUCGAGAUCUGGUGGAUGCAGCCACAGCAGUGACCAACGCUGUCAAAGCUCAGGUGAAGUUGCACCACCCAACCAGUGAUGACCUGGCCUUCCUCUAUGGCACCAUCCUCACUGACGGCAAAGAUAAUUAUUCCUCUGAUCCCACUGCUAACAUCUGUGUGUUUGCUGAAGCUCAGGUGGACCGGAGCCCCACUGGUUCUGGUGUGACAGCCCGAGUGGCUCUUCAGUAUCACAAAGGUCUCAUCCAGCUGAACCAGACCAGGACAUUUCAGAGUGGAGCCACUGGAUCCCAGUUCACAGGGAAAGCUGUUGAGGAAACCAAGUGCGGAGAUUUCAAGGCUGUAGUGGUGGAAGUUGCCGGCAGAGCUUUUUACACCGGAGUGUCACGCUUUGUGCAGGAGCCAGACGACAAGCUGACACAUGGUUUUCUGCUGAAGUGAGACUCGAUUACAGGUGUUAUUAAAUGUGGUUAUACGUAACAAAAUUCUUUUUUUUUAACAUUAGUCAUAAGGUGCUUUUUUAACUUUAAAAUUGAAUAUGCACAGACUCAAUCAUCACUCUUGACCUACUAGAAGUGUGCAGCGGUGCGUGUUUCUUGUGAGACUCUGCCCUCUGCCUGUAUGUUCUUGUGUUUUUAUUUUCUCUGUGGAUGUUUUAAGGCAUGUGCCCCUAGAGCGCUCAGGGGACGUUAGAGCUUUGUAAAAAGGUAACGACCAGGUGCCAGACCUUGAGCAGCAGGCAUCCCCAGAGACGAAGUGCUGAAAACCCCCACAAAUAUAGUGAGGCAAACCAAAUGAGAGUGAAGCUGGCGUUGGCUUUUACUUUCACUGUCACUGGCGAGUGCGUUUACAAACAGUAUCUGAUAUUCCUGCAUAGUAUACCCAUGGAUGGAUUACUGAGAGGACCAAGGGGCCCAAAGUGUCAGGGGUCCCCUUACCUUCUCCUGCAAAAUGUCACCCCAGUUAACAUAUACCAACCAGGAAGAGAAUCAAAAUGACCACAACAAGAUGCAAAAGGAACUUGAAGAGAAAUAAAAAGGGCACAAAACAAGAAAAAGA